AUUUCAUGACUUUUCGGAUGUUGUUUCGAAAUUUCUAUUAAUGGAGACGUUAUGAAAUAUCGACUUAGUGUUGGCAUGUUGGCACCAUUGACACAGAUUGAUUCAAUAUUUUAUAAUGAACAAAUAAACAAUAAAUAAGAAAAUAGGACAUAUUGUUCCAAUUGUCAGUUGUCACAACCACCGUAUAGAAGUAAAUCACCCACAACUUAUCAAUUAAUAAUAAAGAUGGGUGAUGACCCAUAUGCUUCGGUCGCGAAGGGGAAGCUCAAAUUGAAGACGGAUACAACUAUAAAGAAAAAGAAAAAAAAGAAAAAUCAAAAGCUACUGGAACAGGUAACCAAGACACUAGAAACGGAAGAUCUUCAGAAAUCCGAAGAAUCCAAACCUAAACAGACCAAAACUAAAGCUGAAUUGGCUUUUCUACAGCAACAGGAAAAAAUGAAAACUAAACGCAUAUUAGACAAGGCAUCACAAACUCACAAGGAAAGAGUAGAAAAAUUCAAUCAACAUCUAGAUAGUCUCACAGAACAUUUUGAUAUUCCAAAAGUAUCUUGGACAAAAUGAUGGGAUUUGUUUAAUUUCAAUGAUUGUGGGAUAAUUAUGCUGAUAAUCUAGAAAGUGGAAGGGAGUACUUUAUAUUUUGUGAAUAAUGUUCACAAUAUAAUCAACAAACAUACUUGACACAGCUAUGAUACUUGUAAUAGAAUAAAUUUAUUUAUUGCCA